UUUUCGAUUUCAAAAAAACGCAAGUGAGCCAAACAAGAUAAUCUUCAUCGUAAAAAAAUAAAUAAAGGAAAUUCCAAGCAGGCAGUAACGCGUAGUUACUUAACCAAACGUCCCUUAAGUAGGGUUUAAUAGGAGAGGAGUAGUGAGGGAAAAACCAGAAAAAAAGAGGGAAAAGGUUUUAGGAUUAAAACACAAAACGCAGAGCCAAAAAUUGAAGAAAAAGAUAGAGAGAAACUCCAUCUAAAACCCUAGUCCCGCUGUUUGAUGGCGCUUCUUCCGCGGUAUCCUUAUCUUCAUCUUCCUCUUCGUCUUAUGGCCUCUCGUUGUCGUUUCUGUCUUCGUUCUCCUUCUUUUCACUCUCUCGCAUCCUAUCCUCGCUACUCUCUCUUGUUCAAGCCCAGCAGGACAAACUUUGCAUUGAGGAGCAUUUACAGGUUUCCAGUUCAAAAUGUAGUUACACCAAGGGCUUUUGCGUCAUCUAACAUCACAACCGAAGCUCUCCAGGGAACUAAAAGCUCCAAAGCUUACAACUCUGAGCAAAUUCAGGUUCUGGAAGGAUUGGACCCUGUUAGAAAAAGACCUGGAAUGUAUAUUGGAAGUACAGGACCUCGUGGUUUGCACCAUUUGGUAUUCGAGAUAUUGGAUAAUGCUGUUGAUGAGGCACAAGCUGGUUUUGCAACACAAAUAGAUGUUGUUCUACUUUCAGAUGGUUCUGUGAGCAUAACUGAUAAUGGGCGAGGAAUUCCUACUGACUUGCAUCCUGUCACAAAGAAAUCUGCCUUGGAAACAGUGUUGACGGUCUUACAUGCAGGUGGCAAGUUUGGUGGUUCAAGCAGUGGUUACAGUGUCUCUGGUGGCUUGCAUGGUGUGGGUUUAUCAGUUGUCAAUGCAUUAUCUGAGGCGUUACUAGUCACUGUUUGGAGGGAUGGAAUGGAAUACCGGCAAAAAUAUUCACGUGGGAAGCCUGCAACGACACUAACAUGUCAUGUACUUCCAACUGAAUCAAAGGAUCGUCAGGGGACAAGCAUCCGGUUUUGGCCGGACAAAAAAAUAUUCACCACCUCAAUUGAGUUUGACUACAACACACUUGCUGGAAGAAUUAGAGAACUUGCUUUCCUGAACCCUAAGCUUACUAUCACUCUCAAAAAAGAAGAUAACAAUCCAGAGAAGAGCUUUUAUAAUAAAUAUUUCUUUUCUGGGGGACUGUUUGAAUAUGUGAAAUGGCUAAAUACUGAUAAGAAACCACUACAUGAUGUGCUAUGUUUCAGCAGACAAAUAGAUGGAACGACAAUUGAUGUUGCUCUCCAGUGGUGUUCAGAUGCAUAUUCAGAUACAAUGUUGGGUUAUGCCAAUAGCAUACGAACCAUUGAUGGUGGCACACAUAUAGAAGGGGUUAAGGCUUCAUUGACAAGAACUCUCAAUAACCUUGGAAAAAAAUCGAAGAUUGUCAAGGAUAAAGAUAUUAGCUUAAGUGGUGAACAUGUAAGGGAGGGACUGACGUGCAUUAUUUCUGUGAAAGUUCCAAAUCCAGAAUUUGAAGGACAAACUAAGACAAGAUUGGGAAAUCCUGAGGUGCGAAAAGUGGUUGAUCAAUCUGUCCAAGAGUUUCUUACUGAGUAUUUGGAGUUGCAUCCAGAUGUACUUGAUUCGAUCCUUUCCAAGUCACUAAAUGCUUUCAAGGCAGCUCUUGCAGCAAAGAGGGCAAGGGAAUUAGUCCGACAAAAGAGUGUGUUGAAAUCAUCAUCUCUUCCUGGAAAACUGGCUGAUUGUUCAUCCACAAAUCCAGAAGAAUCUGAAAUUUUCAUAGUUGAAGGGGACUCAGCUGGUGGCAGUGCAAAGCAAGGCCGUGACAGGCGCUUUCAGGCUAUUCUCCCCCUGAGGGGUAAAAUUUUGAACAUUGAAAGGAGGGAUGAGGCAGCAAUGUACAAGAAUGAAGAAAUUCAAAAUUUGAUUCUUGCUCUUGGACUUGGGGUGAAGGGAGAGGAUUUUAAUAAAGAAAACCUACGGUAUCAUAAGAUCAUCAUCUUAACAGAUGCUGAUGUAGAUGGUGCUCAUAUCCGAACUCUGCUGCUGACAUUUUUCUUCAGAUAUCAGAGAGCCUUAUUUGAUGAAGGUUGCAUUUAUGUUGGUGUUCCGCCCCUUUACAAGGUUGAAAGGGGAAAGCAAGUACACUAUUGUUAUGAUGAUGCAGAUCUUAAAAAAGUCCAGAGUUCGUUCCCCCAUAAUGCAUCAUACAACAUUCAGAGAUUCAAAGGUUUGGGUGAGAUGAUGCCUGCUCAGCUGUGGGAAACAACGAUGGAUCCUGAGCAAAGGCUGCUGAAGCAAUUAGUGGUUGAAGAUGCGGCUGAAGCGAAUAUAGUGUUUUCAUCCCUUAUGGGUGCUCGGGUGGAUGCACGGAAGGAACUCAUCCAAAAUUCUGCAAGCAAGAUAAACCUUGAUAAACUGGAUAUUUGAGAUUGCAUACUGCAUCCAUCCAGGUGUAAAAUAUUUUGAUUUGGUAAAAGCGACUGGUAUUCAUCAUGUUUCUGUGCCAUUUGGAAAGGCACCCGAUAGGUUAAGAUUGAUCAUCUAUUCAAUGGAAUUUGAUCUUUUUUCUGGGUGUAAUGGGAAAGAAUGGGAUUUUGUAUUUUUCAAUUUGUGUACGAAUGUUGUAUUCGUAAAUUUUGAAUAUAUCAAUCAAUCAAAACUCAAAAACUUGAUUGACCAAAAUUCAGCUUUAAAUCAUGAAUUUAAAAUUACCUACACAAACAUUCUUCUAAAACCGAUUUAUCAGCUCUUAUCAACAGAUUUUUUUCAGCAAAACAGUUACAGUCACUGCUUUUUAACAAGCGUUGUAAAUUUUAGAAACUUACCUGACAAUGUCGUACGUUAUAAAUCUCUUUAAAUGUUUGAAAGUUUUAUAGUCAGUUGAGAAUUGAGAUCCCUUGUAAAUACUCCUAAAUGCAUGUUUAUGCUUCUGAGUGAAGUGAAAUCAGACCAGACGGAGAAAUAACUGUCCUGGUGUGGAUGUGGAUGAACUUGGAUCUUCCCUUUCUUAUAUGUCGUGAUGAUUCCUUGACCAUGUUUAUAAAUGUUGUUUUGGUUGUAGUAAAAUGAAUAUAGGCUGAAACAGUCCAACAAAUUCAAGCCAUAUGAUUGGAUUGGGUUUUGCUACUUAUUCAAAAAC